AGACGGACGGUGGGCGCAGGCUCUGGAGGCCCAAGCGGAAGAGGGGAAGGAGGCGAGCCCGGGAGCCCUCGGCCAAUGGGAGAGGCCUGAGGCGGGGCCGCCACGGGGCUUAGCACGGCGGGGCUCUGCGCGGGAACGCGAACCUGGUCCGGAGCCGGCCUCGGUCUCAGCCCCGCGGGCGGCCUUUCCCGAGUCUUCAACCCUUCAGGCUAUCUUUUAGUCAAGAUGAGUGAUAAGCCAGACUUGUCAGAAGUGGAGAAGUUUGACAGGUCAAAACUGAAGAAAACUAAUACUGAAGAAAAAAAUACUCUUCCUUCAAAGGAAACUAUCCAGCAGGAGAAAGAGUGUGUUCAAACAUCGUAAAAUGGGGAUCUCCUCCCAACAGCAGAUUUCAACAUUACCUGAGAGUCUUGGUUUAGGCUUGUUUUUUGUAAACCCAUGUGUUUGUAGAGAUUUUAGGCCUCCUUGGAUGUCUUCUCACCUGUGUUCCCUGGCUAAGAAGUCAGAAGUAGCCAAUGUUUCCUUAAAUUGAUUUUUAUACUUACCAUUGGUGCUUAUGUUCCAGAUGGCAGAUGAUGUCAAUAAUCUCACCAUUGAUGAUCUUUGUGUAUGUAGUUCUUGCAUAAGCCUGUUUUAACCUGCUGUGAUAGGUGCCUUCAUUGCUUCAUAAUCUUCAUGAAGUUAAAUGCUUUUGCAGCCUUUCACAGUUUAUUUUCAUUUCUAAUGUAGUAAUAAAGUAACAAAUGUAAUCAUUA